AGGCGGGGUAGGUGGGCUGGUUGCUAAGACUUGGUGAAACGCCGCGCUCCUGCCGGUAUCCUCAGUCAGAACCAUACCGAGGAUGGACCCCGCCCUGGGCAUCAUGGAGCUGCGUGGGGACGUGAAGGCCGGGAGCCCUGAGGGAGAGCUGGCAUCGUGGGAAGCCCUCCCAGUCCUGUCUGAGCAGCAGUCGGGGGAUGUGGAGCUGGUACUGGCCUACGCUGCACCCGUCCUGGACAAGCGCCAGACCUCACGCCUCCUGAAGGAGGUGUCAGCUGUCCAUCCGCUGCGUGCACAGCCUCAUCUUAAAAGAGUGCGCCCCAGCCGAGACCCUAGCCGCCCACACACGCUGGAGAUGCUGCUAUGCCUGGCAGGGCCAGCCGCAGGCACACGAUCGCUGGCCGAGCUCCUUCCGACACCAGCCGUGGACCCCUGCGGCCUGGGUCAGCCCUUUCUCGUGCCCGUGCCUGCCCGGCCGCCCCUGACCAGGGACCAAUUUGAGGAGGCGCGCACCCACUGGCCCACGUCCUUCCAUGAGGACAGGCAGGUGACCCGAGCCCUGGCCGGGCAGCUCUUCUCAGUGCAGGAGCGAGCUGUGAUGCAGGGCCACAUGGAACGGGCCGUGUGGGCGGCACAGCAGGCGGCCUCCAGGGGCCUGAGGGCCGUGGGGGCAGUGGUGGUAGACCCAGCCUCGGGCCGUGUGCUGGCCACAGGCCAUGACUGUAGUGGCACGGCCACCCCCCUGCUGCAUGCCACCAUGGUAUGCAUUGACCUGGUGGCGCAGGGCCAGGGCCGUGGCACCUAUGACCUCACGCACCACCCCGCCUGCUCCUUUGCCCCAGCUGCUGCCCCCCAGAGUGUCCGUGUGGGCUCUGUGCGCAAACUGGAAGAGAACAUGGAUGGCCUUCCCUAUGUAUGCACCGGCUAUGACUUGUAUGUUACCCGUGAGCCCUGUGCCAUGUGCGCUAUGGCCUUGGUGCACUCGCGUGUGCGGCGCGUCUUCUAUGGGGCACCCUCGCCCGAUGGUGCACUGGGUACCCACUUCCGCAUCCAUGCCCGGCCUGAUCUCAACCACCGCUUCCAGGCCUUCCGCGGUGUGCUGGAGGCCCAGUGCUGCCAGCUGGACCCUGAUGCCUAGGUGCCUGGCUCUGGACUUC